AUGAGACUGCAUAUCGCAUUGGUAUUGACCUGCGACGCCUUUUUGGCGUCGGCAUAUCCUCGCCCAAACCGCCUCUUCUCGCGAUUGAUCGUGUUUGGCGACAGCUUCAGCGACAAUGGCAAUGGGGCAUGGGUCGGAAGCAACGGAACGUGGCCGGUAGAUCCGGCCUACUUCAACCACUCCUUCUCAAACGGCCCUAAAUGGAAUGAUCUUGUUGCCGAAGUUCUGGAUCUGGAGCUCAUCAACCUUGCUACUGGAGGCGCUACUACAGACAACGACUUUGUAGCUGGCGGUACUGGAGCCAGCUCAACAAUCCCGGUUCCCUCUGCCGAUGAUCAAAUCACCGCGUUUUUGUCGCGGGAUAAACCGACAGAAACCGAUAUCUUUGUCCACUGGAUCGGGGCCAACGACAUCCUCUUCAACACGAAUAUUACAGGCAUAGAGGUCACCAGUCUGAUCUCAAAACAUGCGAACAGAUUAUACCGUGCGGGAAUAAAGAAUCUUAUCCUGGCUAAUUACAACAAUGCCACGACCUUUCCGGCGACGUACAACUCGUCCGACUACAACGUCCCCAGCGUGCAGGCCUUUGUCGGCGAUUUGAGCAUCGGACUGAUGGACAUUGCCGCUGGUUAUUCGGGGUUCUUCCGAACCGCCUUCGUUGACAUAGGUGCUUUAUUCUCGGAUAUUGUGAAACGGCCAGCCAGGUACGACAUUGACCGGAAAUAUGUCGAUCCGCCAACUGCAUGCUUGACGGGCGUGUACACAAGCGAGGGCGUUCCCCGGCAUUUAUGCAGCGAUCCUGAGCGUCAUCUAUUCUUUGACUCAUAUCAUCCGGUCAAGGAGGUACAUGCAAUGAUGGCGAAAAUGUUCAUCAAGGCAAUCCAGGGCUUGAGCCGUGGUCGUUGA